AUAAAUAAUGGGUUGCCUGUUUUCAAAAGAGCGGCGAUCGGGAGGCAGUGAUAUGGGUGUUUCCGAACGGAUAGAUGUCUCCAGAUUCCAAACGCCCCAACAACAGACAGUAUUCCACGUGAAUAACGGUGGAAACGAGGGAACCAUCUCUCAACUAAACGGAACAUCAGACGGAAUGAUGGGAAAUGGACGUGGUGGUGGUGGUGGAGGAGGAGCACAGGAACGUGAGACUCUGGUCGCCCUCUAUCCAUACGAUUCACGUGCCGACGGGGAUCUUAGCUUUCAAAAAGGCGAUGCUAUGUACCUAUUGGAUCAUUCGAAUUGUGAUUGGUGGUAUGUUCGACACCAACGAACCGGACAGACUGGUUAUGUGCCGAGGAAUUUUGUUGCCAAGCAACAGACUAUUGAGAGUGAAGAAUGGUACGCAGGAAAGAUACCAAGAAAUCGUGCCGAACGACUCGUUUUAUCAUCACAUCUACCAAAAGGAACAUUCUUGAUAAGAGAACGAGAAGCCGACACAAGAGAAUUCGCAUUGACAAUUCGAGAUACCGAUGAUCAGAGAAAUGGUGGAACAGUAAAACACUACAAAAUCAAACGACUGGAUCACGAUCAAGGAUAUUUCAUUACAACACGACGAACAUUCCGUUCUCUUCAAGAACUUGUCAGAUAUUAUUCCGACGUUCCAGACGGCCUAUGCUGUCAACUUACAUUCCCAGCACCUCGCCUAGCGCCAACUCGACCCGAUUUAUCACAUGAUACACAACAGAAUUGGGAAAUUCCACGCAAUCAGUUGCACCUGAAACGGAAGCUUGGUGAUGGUAAUUUCGGAGAAGUUUGGUAUGGAAAAUGGCGCGGAAUUGUUGAGGUGGCGAUUAAGACGAUGAAGCCUGGUACUAUGUCACCUGAAGCUUUCUUGCAAGAAGCCCAAAUAAUGAAGCAAUGUGAUCAUCCGAAUCUUGUAAAACUGUAUGCAGUGUGUACACGUGAAGAACCAUUCUACAUUAUAACCGAAUACAUGAUAAAUGGCUCACUUCUUCAAUAUCUUCGAACCGACGGAAGCACCCUCGGAAUUCAGGCGCUCGUCGAUAUGGCCGCACAAAUUGCGAACGGAAUGAUGUAUUUGGAGGAGAGGAAGCUUGUGCACAGAGAUUUGGCCGCUCGUAACGUUCUUGUCGGAGAUAAGAUUUCCGGAGUUCCAGUUGUUAAAGUUGCCGACUUUGGUUUGGCGCGAAAAUUGAUGGAAGAGGACAUUUACGAGGCACGAACCGGCGCGAAAUUCCCGAUUAAAUGGACGGCACCCGAGGCGGCGACUUGUGGAAAUUUUACGGUGAAAAGUGAUGUAUGGUCGUAUGGUAUCUUGUUAUAUGAGAUUAUGACAAAGGGACAGGUUCCGUAUCCGGGAAUGCACAAUCGUGAAGUCGUCGAACAAGUCGAGCUGGGCUACCGUAUGCCAAUGCCACGUGGCUGCCCGGAGCAAAUCUACGAAGAAGUACUGCUCAAAUGUUGGGAUAAGACGCCCGAUCGGCGGCCGACUUUCGACACUUUAUAUCACUUUUUCGACGAUUAUUUCGUGUCGACGCAGCCGAAUUACGCGCCACCAAGUGCCUAAAAAAUUGUGCUCUUUUUUUCCAAAUUUCCUCACAAAACUGCUCCAAAAUUACACUUCCAAUCACCUCCUAAUCUCAAUUCCUCGUUUUUGUUUCCCCUAUACUUCAAAAGAUUUUCUUCAAAAAUUGCGGGAUCUGUAUCGAUUUUUUUAUGGGGUUUCUGUCGAACAAUUGAGAAAUUUUGAGCUGAAAAUCGAUUUUUCCCGCUGAAAAUUGAUAUAUAUAUUCGAAAAAUUUCGUUAAAAAUCGAUUAAAAAUUUCUGAUUUUCCCCAGUAUUUCUCCGAACAUUUCGAUAAUAACUUCAUUUUUCCCAUGAAAAACUCUAAAAUUCGAUAUUAUAUGCUCCCGGAGCCGUUUAAAGGCGCAUGAUAGUUUUGCGUUGGGUCCCGCCGCGAUCCACACUAUUUUGAAGCAAAAUCGUGUCGAGACCCAACAGAAAAUGACAAGUCGCUGGGAACGUAUAAUAUCGAUUUUUUCGAGCUUUUCAAUGGAAAAAUUCAGAAAAAAUUGAUUUUCAUAGAGAUAAUAUAUCGCAAAAUUGAGAUUUUUCGAAAUUAAAAAAGUCGAUUUUUCGAUGAAAUUUGGCUUAAAAAUGUUAAAAAUAUCGAUUUUAACUCAAAAUUUCAUUAAAAAUCUCAAUUUUUCGCCGAUUAACGCCAAAAAAUCGAUAAAAUCAACCAAAACCCUCUCGACUACUUACGUUUCAAUGCCUUUUCCCCUUAAAAAAAUGUUCCACACCUCUUAUUAAACACAAAAAAAAGUUCUUCAAGUUUUAUAUACAAAUAUAUAUAUAUAAUUUAUGCCCAACUCAAAUUCCAUUUUUUUUCUCUUUGUUUUGUUUUGUCAUUUUUCUUUUUUUUUUGUCGCUCAUUUUGUGUCGAAUGUACCAUAAUACUACGAAUGAAUCGAGAUGCCUCAUUUGGUAAAAA